AUGGAUGUAAGAGCGAAAAGAGAUGGGAAGAACUGGAGUGCUCUAGGGCCAUUUUAUGAAGCUUUAUUGGGUGCCAUUAAAAAGACUUGGAGCUUGUCAGGUUCUGUUCAGCUUCUUUCGUUAAAUGAUGGCUUCUUCCUUUUUCGGUUUUCUUGUCGGGAAGAUUUCGACAUUGUGUGGUCGAGAGGAGUGUGGUUUCUGUUGAGAAAACCGUUCAUAUUCCAAAAAUGGCAUCCAAAGUUCAUCCCUAAGAGAGAGGAAUUUUCCUCUGUUCCUAUUUGGGUGAAAAUCCACGACUUACCUCUAGCAUAUUGGAAUUCUGAGGGGAGGAUCUCUCGCAUUGCUAGCAAGAUCGGGAUUCCGGUUGUUGCGGAUAAACUCACUGAGCAAAAGGCAAGACUCACAUAUGCAAGAAUUUGUGUUCUGGUUGAUAAUCUCACCACCUUCCCGGAGGUGAUUCAUGUCUCUUUGGACGGUGACGAUGUUAGCCUGAAAGUUCAGUAUGAAUGGCAUCCGUUUCCAUGUGACCACUGUAAGUCUUUAAUGCAUUUUGCAUCUUCAUGUCCGUCAAAACCUCAACAUGGUGUUAAUGAUAAUGCCAAGGCUAAAGAGGUAAAUCGUGGAAGGAGUUUUAGCAGGCAGGCCCGAUACCGAGCUAAAUCUAAACCUCAGAAUAGGCAGUCUGAGGUUAAUGUGGACAAUCCUGAAGUGGCAAAAACCAUUACUGAACCUUCCAGUCAAACUAAGGCUAUCAGCACCAAUGCUUUAGGUCAACCUUUACACUACCAUCCACACUCUCCCACCCCUAAAAAUUCUCCAUUUAAAACUGAUGUUAUUAUUGGAAAUAUCCCUUUGAGUAAGCCUCAUUUUUCUGAAGAUGCGAUUGUUUCAGGCAUUCCUAAUCUAAACUCGCCUCAUUAG